AUGUCAUCGAGAACUGUCCAGGCUGUUGCUCACACUGAGCCAUUCUCGCCAGACCACUCCCCAUGUGUUGCGACCCCCGCAUCACCAGACUCCGACCAGUUCGUCCCGGCCCCUCCCAUCACCGCCCGCACACCAGGCCAGCGGGGCGAGAAGGUGUGGAUUCGCCCAUUCCACUGCAGUGGAAUAGUCAUGCGUCUCCACGAGGUUCAGAACGGCUACCUCAAGGAUCGCCACAUUGUCUGCCGGGACCCGGGCGGCUGGGUUACCUUGCGUAUCGCGACUGUCCCUGUAAGCGACGAGGCGGCCAACGCUGGUAGCGGCCAGUCGGCCCCUGCUGAGAAAGCAAAGGAAGUGACGCCCGCCGGGGACGACGACUACGUGUGGAUCACGCCAUUUUGGUCUGGCGGCUUCGCAGUGCCUACAGAGAGCCUGACGACCGGUCUCGUCGACAUUCCCCUGCGCGCAAAAAUCAGCGACAGGGGCCAAGUGACGUUCGAGCACUGCCUCGAUCCGCGCCGCGACUGGACGCCCGCACAAGUGAGUUGUGCCGUUGCUUACUCGCUCAUAAGCUCAUUACAGACGUCAAGAUCUAUCCACCUCGUGCAACCCUUCAGCGUCACAGGGCCGGACGACAGGAAGUGGGCGCACUCUCGCUGGUGGAAGAUGAAAUUCUCUGACAUUCCUUUGCAGCGCGGUGAGCCCGAUAUUGGGCUUUGGGAUGAUCCUUGCGACGCCGGGCACGCCGAGGACAAUGAGCAGGAUCCCUAUGGCUGUUGUAGCUCUUGCCACGACAGGAUCAUGGAAGAAGGGGAGGAGGAGUGGUGA